CGGAAGCGCGCGGUAGUUUUGAAAAUAACAAACCGCGGUUUCGCUGCUCUUCGCCAAAACUGUUUAUCAGCCGUUAAAACCCGAGUACAGCGACGCAGACAUGUCGAAGAAAGCGCCCAGGGCAGUCCUGAAAUCUCACAUGAGAAAGAAAUCGGACACUCGAGUCGGAAAGAACGCUGAUCUGAUGGUCCAGCUAAAUCUGUUGCUUGUCUUACACCGACUGGCAGAGGAGUCCAGAGUGAAGGCCUUUGAAGAGAAAACAGCUACUAUCAAAGUCCACCAUGUCAAAGCUGUUGCAAAGAAACUGUUAAAGAGCACCCGAGGAUGAGGUGAAAGUUUGCUCCUUUGAGAGACUGAAGCUGCGCAGAGGCAUAAGUUUGAAGGAUCCAGGUACUCUGCGCACUGCACACCAGGCUCAGCCCCUCACUGGAACCAGCAUAAGACUGUCACCAGUCACCAUGUGCACACAAUGUCCUUUAAUUUUACAUGUAGUCCUAACCUGUGAGAUGGUGAGUGAACCUUCCUCACAGAUUCAUGGAUUAAAUCUCUGCAGAGAUCUGUUCACUGUUUCGCUCUAUUACGGCUGACCUUUUGCUUUCGGAUGGUGUUGGGAAACAGUUGUGUAUAAACUUGGUGCAUGACAGAUGGUAUCAGCCCCGAAUAUCUGCAGCCUCAAAUGUUUUCCUCCUGAGUUUGUACUGUAUUUUUAAUUAUUACCUAUUAAUAAACAAUUUAUGCCACUUAA